AUGAAAGUAUACAAGCCUUCCAUUCCAUUUACUAAUAGGAUUGUAGAGAAGAAGUUGAAUGAGAAGUUUUCAUAUUUUCUUGAAGUCAUGAGAGGACUUCUAGUGAAUAUCCCCUUUCUUCAUGCUAAGUCACAAAUGCCUACCUAUGAAAUUUUUUUGAAGGAUCUUCUAUCCAACAAGAGUAUGCUUGAGGAAAGUGCAACCAUCUCCCUUCCUAAGGAGGUGAGUGCUACCAUUCGAAACAAGCUUCUUCAAAAGCUUAGUGACCCCGGUAGUUAUGCAAUACCGGUGAAUAUUGGAGAUUUGGAAGCUAUGGACGCUUUGUGUGAUCUUGGGGAAAUUGUGAGCUUGAUGCCCUAUCCUAUUGAAAAGAGUUUGAAAGUUGGAGACUUGAAGCCAACAAGAAUGUCCUUACAAUUGGCCGACCGCACGGUUAGGCUACCUUUGGAAAUUCUUGAAGAUCAACUGAUUCAAGUUGGGAGAGUAUUUGUACUUGUGAUUUCAUGGUGA